AUGGCUAACGAACACUUUGCUGCUGCUCUGAGGAACCUGGGGGGAAUUCAUUCGAUCCCCAAGCCUACUCCUAAGCCUAAGACCGGAGCUGGGAAGAAUGAUGAAUCCGGGUCCUCCAGGCAAGAGGCAACCGGUGGUGAAUCCAGAGCUGCAAUGGAGAAAAUUGCCUUGGGAGAGACUGAAGAGGUUGCGGAGCCUGGUAGCCAAGAGUUGGUGACCCGGGGGAGGAAGAGGAAGCAGGGCUCGGCGCAGAAGGCCCCAGCUAAAGUUCCCAAAGUUGGCCGGGGGAAAGGGGUUCUGCUGGAUUCUGACUCGGAUUCUGAUGAUGAAGAUGACGAUGGGGAAGGUGCCCGGGUUUCCCUUGGGGCCGGGAAGUACUCUGCCCGGGAAAUAAUCAAGAUAAUGUCGGAGAUUCCGACCGAGGAAGACUGGGUUAGGAUGGAUGAUUCCGGGAUGGUGAGCACUUUCAAGGAACUGGGGAGUCUUUGGGGUCAGCUGGGGUCUCGUCUAGCCGGGUUCAAUACCAUUGCUUUUAACUUGAUAAAUUCGGAAAGGAGCACUGCUGAGACUUUUGGGGCGAGAGCCCGGAAAGCUGAGUCGGACUUGGCCCUGGAGAGGUCGGCUAAGGAGAAGUUGGAGUCCGAGUUGGAGAAGCGGGUGAAGGAAGCCGAAUCCCGGCUGGAAGCUGAGUGGAAGCGGAAACUGGAGGAUGCUGAGACCCGGGCGGGUGAUUCUGAGAAGAGGGUGGCCGGACUCGAGGGGGAUGUGGAGAAGCUGAGGAAACAACUCGAGGACCGAAAGGAGCCAGAAGUUGUGAUUGCUGAUUUCAAGGAAUCUGAAGAGUAUAAGGGUGCCCUGGCCAAUGCUGCAGCUGCGGAGGUUGUCCGAUGCUGGAAUGUUGCCGAGAGGCACAUCAAAACGGAUCCGGUGGCAGAUCUGACCAGUUUCAUCAACCUUUAUAUCCAGGCCAAGGAUGAUGUUUCGGCCGGCAAGGGUGAACCUGAACCCUUCGAGGGUCCUUCUUCGAGCUUCAUCGCUCCAGCCAAUCCGGUCGCUCCCGUCGAUGCGGCUCUUCAGACAAACAACCUUCACCCUGCUACUUAGCCACUUUUUCUUUAAUCUUGAACAUGUUCUUUGAAAUGAUCUUUUGUAUUCCUGGAUGAAUUUUUGCCGGAUUUGAAUAUUUAUCCGAGGUCCGUGUGGACCCGGGAUGUGGAUGCUUUC